AUGUAUCCUCGUGCUGUCGAAGGCAUUGUGUCUAACCACUACGUGGAUGACUCUCUGGAAAGCUACGAGUUCAUAGAGGAGGCGGUGUCCCAGGACAUGCGGUUAAUUCACAAGCAAGGUGGAUUCGAACUGAGAAACUGGCUAUCGAACAGCAGUGAAGUUCUACACAGUCUGGGCGAAACCAAGCCUGAAGAAGAUAAAGUUUUUGCAGCAGAUAAGCAAGAUGACUAUGAACGAGUGCUUGGGUUGUUAUGGCUGACAAAAGAGGAUGCUUUCAGUUUUUCAAUGGAGAUGAAGCCGGAGAUAGCUGUUUUGAUCAACAGCUAUGAACAACCUACAAAGAGACAGAUGCUGAAGUGCUUGAUGUCGCUUUUUGAUCCGCUGGGUCUGCUGAGCUUAUUCGUUGUUCAUGAUAAAAUCCUCCUUCAAGAUGUGUGGCGAUCCGGAGUGCAGUGGGAUGAAGUAGUGAGUGACGAGCUGCAUCGACGGUGGCGAAAUUGGACAAAUCUGUUUAAAGAUGUCCGAAAGCUUAAAAUUCCUCGCUGCUACUUCUUCGGUGCUGUCAAAGAGAGAUACAGGGAUUUACAGUUACACGUUUUCGUAGAUGCGAGCGAGUCUGCAUACUGCGCGGCAGCGUAUUUUCGGACGUUGAACCCUGAUGGAGUGCCGGAAUGUGUGCUUGUGGCUGCGAAAACAAAGGUAGCUCCAUUAAAGACACAAUCUAUUCCACGACCAGAGCUGCAGGCCGCAGUCCUUGGAGCUCGUUUAUCGCAAUUUGUUGAAGAAAACCACACUGUGCGUGUUACAAGGAAAGUUAUGUGGAGUGAUUCGGCAACUGUUCUGUCUUGGAUUCGAGCUGAUCAUCGUAAAUACAAGCAGUUUGUUGCGUGCAGAAUAGGAGAGCUACUAACGAUAAGCGAUGUGAGUCUCUGGCGGUGGGUACCAUCAAAACAGAAUCCGGCUGACAUUGCGACGAAGUGGGGAAAUGGUCCAGACCUAAAAAAUGACAGCGUCUGGUUCAAUGGUCCUUCUUUUCUGCAACUGUUGGAAGCCGACUGGCCGAAAGAAAGGAAAUUUACGCCUCCCACAGAAGAAGAACUGGGUCACUGGUCUUAUACUAUCAACGAAAUAGCGCUCCCAAAGCAUCUGGUGGAACUUGAACGAUUCUCUCAGCUGACUAGAGCAAUCCGUGCUGUGACCUACGUGUACCGAUUCGCCAAAAACCUAAAGCAGAAGAUUAGAGGACAGGUACGAUUGGUAGGCCCUUUGACAUCCGAGGAGCUACAAAGAGCAGAUUGUUUACUUAUCCGUGAGUCGCAGUGGGAAUGCUUUCCCGACGAAAUGGUGAUCCUUACACGUAACUGUGAGAAGGCGAUAGAUGCGCAAACGCCGUUAGCGAAGGACAGUGCCCUAUACCAGCUGUGUCCAUUUUUAGACGAACAAGGCAUUGCUCGAGUGGAUGGAAGAAUAAGUUUCCAGUGA